AUGGAUGAAAUUGAAUUUAUACCUAUAUUGGAAAAAGUUAGUCCAAUAGAAGCUAAAAUAUUUAUAAGUGAAACUAUGAGAUUUUUAUAUGAACAAGAACGCGAAUUUGGUGAAGUUAGCGAAGAAUUAAAG